AUGAAGACAAGGCUGUCUUUGGCAGCAGCUGCCGUCCUUGUAGUGGCGGUAUUGUCCUCCGUUGAGGCUCAAGUCAUGCCACCAAGUGACUUGAGAUUUAAAAUUUUGAAUGAGAACACUGUACAAAUGACAUGGAAGAGGCCCUUAACGAGAAUAGAGGGCUUCAGAAUACAAGUGACAUCAGAUACAGAGGAGCCAACUAAAGAAUUUUCCCUUCCUGCCACUGCUACUAAGACAUCCAUCACAAACCUAACUCCUGAUGUGGACUAUGUAGCAACAAUAUGGGCAUAUUCUGGAUCAGAGGAAAGUCUACCUCUUUCUGGGCAGCUAACAAUCCAGUCAAGUGCCACUGAAGUUGGUCCCAAAAAAACACAGAUUAAAGAUGCAAUUAAAUGCUCAGUCGGUGCCAUUGCUGACCUAGUAUUUUUGGUGGAUGGAUCCUGGAGCGUUGGACGGGAAAAUUUUAAACACAUCCGCAACUUCAUUGCUGCAAUGGCUGGUGCCUUUGACAUCGGUGAAGACAAGACAAGAGUUGGUGUGGUUCAGUACAGCACAGACACCAGGACAGAGUUCAACUUGAACCAGUACUUGAAACGAGGGGAACUUCUUAGAGCUAUCAACAACUUGCCAUACAAAGGCGGGAACACCAUGACAGGCGAUGCCUUGGACUACUUGCUGAAAAAUGUAUUCAUCGAGGCAGCCGGAGCCAGGAAAGGAUUCCCAAAGGUUGCCAUGGUAAUCACUGAUGGGAAAUCCCAGGACCCUGUGGAAGACAUUGCCAGAAAGCUGAGGAACACUGGGGUUGAGAUUUUUACCUUAGGGAUCAAAGAAGCGGAUGAGGCUGAGCUGAAACAAAUGGCUUCCACUCCGUACAGCAAACAUGUGUACACAGUGCCCAACUUUGAUCUGAUCAAGACUGUGCAGAAAGCACUUAUCACUCAAGUGUGCAACGGUGUUGAUGACCAACUCAACUCACUCGUUAGUGGAGAAGAAAUGAUUGAACCAGCCUCCAAUCUGCAAGUCACAGAAGUGGCCUCAAAAUCUAUGCGGGUGACGUGGGAUGCCUCCCUGGGGGAUGUCACAGGCUACAAGCUGCAGCUUGUUCCCAUGCUUGCAGGCAGUAAGAGGCAGGAGCUGUAUGUUGGACCCACUCAAACCUCUGUGAACGUCAGAGACUUGUCCCCAGAAACGGAGUAUGAGAUCAGCCUCUUUGCCCUGAAAGGCUUGACACCUAGCGAGCCUGUGAUGGCUAUGGAGAAGACACAGCCUGUCAAAGUGUCCGUUGAAUGCUCUCUUGGAGUGGAUGUACAAGCUGAUGUAGUUCUCCUGGUGGAUGGCUCAUACAGCAUAGGACUGGCCAAUUUUGCUAAAGUAAGAGCUUUCCUGGAAGUUCUUGUCAAUACCUUUGACAUUGGGCCAGACAAAGUGCAGAUCAGCCUGGUUCAGUACAGCAGGGAUCCCCACACUGAGUUUUACCUGAACACUCAUCAUGACCUUAAUGCUGUGGUUAAAGCCGUAAGGACGUUCCCCUACAGAGGAGGCUCCACCAACACGGGCAGAGCCAUGACUUAUGUGAGAGAAAAGAUCUUCAUUCCAAAUCGAGGGGCCCGUACCAAUGUGCCUCGUGUUAUGAUUCUCAUCACGGAUGGGAAGUCCUCGGAUGCCUUCAAGGACCCUGCCACCAGGCUGAGGAGCACAGAUGUGGAGAUCUUUGCUGUGGGUGUCAAGGAUGCAGUGCGCUCAGAGCUUGAGGCCAUCGCUAACCCUCCAGCGGAAACCCACGUGUACACAGUGGAGGACUUUGAUGCUUUCCAGAGGAUUUCCAAUGAGCUCACACAGUCCAUUUGUCUACGCAUUGAACAGGAGCUUCUCAACAUCAAGAAGAGGAGUUUGCUUCCGCCCAAGUCUCUGACCUUCUCUGAAGUGACCUCCAGAAGUUUCCGGGCCACUUGGGAGAUAGAAACAACCGAUGUUGAGUCCUACCUGCUGCGGUACAGGCCCGCUGGAGAUGAAAACGCAGACUAUGUCUCUGUGUCACUGCCAGGAAACACCCUGACAUCUACAUUACUCCACCUUACACCGGUCACCAAGUACGAGGUCAACAUCUACGCCCAGUACGACAAAGGAGAGAGCUUCCCUCUGACUGGAUUUGAGACCACACUGGAGGAGCAAGGACCUGUACGCAACCUUAGGGUGACAGAGGAGACCACAGACAGUUUUCGGGUCUCCUGGUUGGCAGCGCCUGGGGCAGUGGUGAGAUAUCGGCUAACCUAUGUUCCUGUCAGGGGAGAUAGUCCAGUGCAGGAGGCUACAACCAUAGGCACUGAGACCACCACUGUGCUCCAGCAACUCUUCCCCAGCACAACCUACCGUGUGACAGUUGCCCCGGAGUACCAGUCUGGAACUGGGACCGCAAUGCAAAUUGAUGGCACCACCAAAGAUGAGAAGGGUUCUCCCUCAAACUUGGUGACUAGUGAUGUCACCGACACUAGCUUUGUGGCAUCGUGGACAGCUGCCCCUGGGAGGGUGAAAACAUACAGAGUCCUUUGGAAGUCUCUGUUUUCUGAUGAAUCUGGAGAGAAGACUGUUCCUGGAGAAAUCAACACAACUCUGCUGGAUGGCCUCACUCCAGAGACCCGCUACCAGGUGUCUGUCUUCGCCUCCUACACCCGAAGUGAAGGAGAGCCGCUCGUUGGGGAGGAGACCACUGAUGCCUCUGCUGCUUCUAAGGCUUUGAUUGUGUCCGACGAGACGGAAAGAACUAUGAGAGUCACGUGGAAACCGGCACCUGGGAAAGUGGUCCACUACAGGGUAAAGUACGCACGCCAGGGGGAUGGAAGAGAGCUGUCAAUCAAAGUGCCCUCUAACGUAACCAGUACCGUCUUGAGGAAGCUGCAUUCCCUUACCACAUAUGACAUCACCGUGCACCCUAUCUACAGGCGUGGAGAAGGCAAAGCAAGGCAAGGAGUAGGAACGACACUGUCACCAUUCAAAGCUCCUAGGAACCUGAAGACCUCAGAGCCAACAAAAACUAGUUUCCGUGUCACAUGGGAUCCUGCUCCUGGAGAUGUGCGUGGCUACAAAGUCACCUUCCACCCAAGUGACAAUGAUGUGGACCUUGGGGAGUUGCUUGUUGGCCCUUAUGACAAUACAGUUGUCCUUGAGGAACUCAGAGCAGGAACAAAGUAUUCAGUGGCUGUUUUUGGAAUGUUUGAUGGUGGGCAGAGCCUGCCAUUGGCUGGAGAGGAGAAGACCACCCUUUCCGAUGCACCUGAAGGCCCACCACUUGAAGCCUCUGAUGCUCAGUGUAAGACCUCAUCCAAGGCUGACAUCAUCCUGCUAGUUGACGGCUCAUGGAGCAUCGGUCGUCUAAAUUUCAAAACCGUUCGGCAAUUUAUUGCUCGCAUGGUUGGUGUUUUCGACAUAGGUCCUGAUAGAGUCCAAAUUGGUCUGGCUCAGUACAGUGGAGAUCCCAAAACUGAGUGGCAUCUGAAUGCUCAUUCAACUCGUGAUUCCUUGCUGGAGGCUGUAGCUAGCUUACCAUACAAAGGAGGAAACACAAUGACUGGCUUGGCAUUGAAUUACAUCCUCCAGAACAACUUCAAACCAAAUGUGGGUUUGCGACCCGACUCUCGGAAGAUUGGUGUGCUUAUCACUGACGGCAAAUCACAGGACGAAAUUAUCGACAACUCUAAGAAACUGCGGGAUGACGGCAUUGAGCUCUAUGCCAUUGGUGUGAAGAACGCUGAUGAGGCUGAAUUGAGAACUAUCGCCUCUGAUCCAGAUGAUACCCACAUGUACAAUGUCAAUGACUUCAGUUUCUUAUUGGACAUCGUGGAUGACCUCACUGUCAACCUUUGUAACAGCGUUAAGGGCCCAGCGGGAGGACCAGGGACAGCUUCUGACCUGGUGACCUCUGAGGUGACCCACUACUCCUUCCGUGCCACCUGGAUACCCCCUGAUGACCCUGUGGAAAAGUUCCGCAUUGAAUAUGUGCCUGUAGCCGGAGGGAAAACUGAAGUGGUUUAUGUGGACGGUGAAGUGAACACUAUCGUCCUAGAGGACCUGAUGCCCAUGACCGAGUAUGUGGUCAACGUCUUCUCGAUGAUUGGAGACGAGAGCAGCGAGCCUCUAAAAGGCACUGAAACUACACUGCCACUCCCGGCCGUAAAGAGCUUGAUGGUGUACGAUGAGAGCCUGACCACUAUGCGGGUGAAAUGGGAGUUGGCACCAGGUGCGACUGGCUACAUGCUCCUGUACAGUGCCAUUAACGCCACCGUGCCCACAGUGGAAAAAGAGAUGCGAGUUGGGGCAGAUGAGAAUGAUGUCCAGCUGCUGCAGCUGCAACCCAACACAGCGUACUCGCUCUCCCUCUUUGCCCUGCACGGCGAGGCAGCCAGUGAUCCCUUGAUAGACCAAGGAGUCACGUUGCCCCUACCUCCUGCUGGUGUGUUGAGAAUCACUGAUGUCACCCACAGCACAAUGCGGCUAAACUGGGAUGCUGCUCCCGGAAAAGUGAGGAAGUAUCUCGUUACCUAUAAGCCUGAGGAUGGAGAACUGAAAGAGGUUGAGGUCAAUGGUGAUGUCACAACCCUCGAUCUGUCCAACCUCAUCUCUCAGACUGAGUAUGAUGUUGCGGUGACUCCUGUGUAUGAUGAGGGUCCAGGCAACCCAAUGCUUGGGAGUGCUGUUACAGAUGUGGUUCCAGCCCCUAAGAAUCUGAGGUUCUCAGAGGUGACCCAGACAUCCUUCAGGGCCACAUGGGAACACGGUGCCCCAGAUGUCGCCCUGUACCGCAUUGGUUGGACAAAGAAAGGGGAGAACAACUUCAAAUAUGCCAUCCUUAACAGCGAUGAGACAACUCAGGUUCUCACGGACCUGGACCCAGACACCAUGUAUGAUGUCACAGUCACAGCUAUCUACCCUGAUGAGUCUGAGAGCGAAGACCUAAUGGGCAGCCAGCGCACACUGUCAAGGGUCUUUACGCCUGUUCCCAGCGGUCCUCCUCAGAACCUUCAGGUCUUCAAUGCGACGACCACCACCCUGACAGUUAAGUGGGACCAUGCCCCAGGCCCAGUCCAGAACUACAAAAUUACCUUCCAACCUGUGGCUGGUGGAAAAACUCUCUCUACUCAGGUCGGCGGGAAGAAGAAUACAGUUAUUCUCCAGAAGUUGAUCCCUGACACCCCUUACUCCAUCACUGUGGCUGCAGUCUACCGCACUGGAGAGAGCAAGGACAUAUCUGGACAAGGAAAGACAAAACCCUUAGGCGGAGUGAGGAACCUCCAAGUCUUAAAUCCCACAAUGACUACUCUGAAUGUGCGCUGGGAGCCAGCUGAAGGGAAAGUUUUGGAGUAUAAAGUCAUCUAUGUCCCUGAAACGGGUGGCGCUGAAAGCAUGGUAGGACUGGAGCAGGUUUCAGGGACCACAACUAAUACGGUUUUGAGGGGCCUUCAGCCAGACACCAGAUACACAGUAACUUUGGUGCCCGUGUAUGCCGAGGGAGAUGGCAAAAGGAUCUCUGAAAAUGGAAAAACAAGAGCCCUGGGCGGUGUGAAGAAGUUGCGGGUUACUGACCCUACCAUGACUUCUUUGAAUGUGAAGUGGGAUCCUGCUGAUGGGGCAGUGCGCCAAUACAAGAUUUUCUUUGUUCCCACAGCUGGUGGGACAGAAAACAUGGAACAAGUGCCUGGAGCCACGACCAGCAUUGUUCUGAGGAACCUCCAGCCAGAUACUAAGUACACAGUGUCGGUGGUGCCGGUGUAUCCUGCUACAGAGGGCAGACGCCAGUCUGAGAAUGGAAAGACCUUGCCUUUGGGUGGAGCGAGGGGCCUUCGGAUCACUGAUGCUACUUUUACUACACUCACUGCAGUCUGGGAAGCUGCUGAUGGGAAUGUACAAGGCUACAAGGUCUUCUAUGUACCCACAGCAGGAGGCGAGAAGCUUAUGGAGGAGGUAUCUGAGAGCACCACCACUUUACAGAUAAAGAGUCUCAAGCCAGAUACCGAGUAUUCUGUCACUGUGGUUCCAGUUUAUGCAGAGGGAGAUGGACCAGAGCUCUCAGAGAGAGGGAGAACAAAACCUUUGGGAGAAGUAAGGAACCUGCGAGUGAUAGACCCUACCUUCAGUACCUUGAAUGUGCGCUGGGACCCUGCUGAGGGUAAUGUCCGCGAGUAUAUUGUAAUCUACGUCCCUGCUGAUGGAACAAAAGAGCAAGAAGAUCAAGUCUCUGGAAGUACAACAUCUACAGUUUUGCGGAACCUGGAUCCUGACACUGUCUACACUGUCACUGUAGUUCCAGUCUAUCAUGAAAUGGAGGGCAAGGCUCUGUCAGAGAAUGGAAAAACAAGGCCUUUGGGUGGUGUUAGAAACCUGCAGGUAAUUGACCCAACCAUUACCAGUCUGACUGCCCGCUGGGAACCAGCUGAGGGGAAUGUUCGUCAGUACAAAGUAUUCUACGUUCCUGUACCAGGGGAUGUGGAAAAGAUGGAGGAAGUUUCUGGCAGCACCACCACUACUGUCCUGCGUAACCUGGAGUCGAAUACAGUGUACAAGGUGUCUGUGGUUCCAGUGUACGAUCAAAUGGAAGGAAUUCGACAGUCUGAAAAUGGAAAGACGAAGCCUUUCGGUGCCGUCCGGAACCUGCAAGUGAUUGACCCCACUGUUAAUUCUCUGAGGGUGAGGUGGGAACCGGCUGAGGGCGAUGUCCGUCAAUACAACAUCCUGUACGUGCCUGCAACUGGAGGCACAGAGAGUAUGACUCAAGUUUCUGGGAUGUCCACCAACACAGUGCUUAGGAACCUGCAGCCAGACACGGAGUACAAGGUCACUGUGCUUCCUGUGUAUGCAGAUGGAGAGGGAAAACGCAUGUCUGAGAAUGGGAAGACAAAGCCCCUGGGUGGUGUGAGAAACCUACAGGUCACUGACCCCACCACCAGUUCACUGAAGGUGCGCUGGGAUGCAGCGGAGGGUAAUGUACGUCAGUACAGGCUCUUCUAUGUGCCAGCCUCAGGAGGUGCAGAGGACAUGGAGCAAGUGUCUGGAGGAACUACCAGCACUAUUUUGAGAAACCUUCUCUCAGACACCCUUUAUACAGUAACGGUGGUACCUGUCUAUCCUGAAGGUGAAGGGCUUCGUCAGUCUGACACAGGAAAGACACUUCCACGAACCCCUCCCAGAAACAUUCAAGUUUACAACCCCACUACUAACAGUCUGAAUGUGAGGUGGGAGCCAGCCACGGGCCGGGUACAGCAGUACAAAGUUGUCUAUGCACCACUCAGUGGAGUCAGACCAGCUGAAUUUGCGUUGGUUCCAGGCAAUAUCAACAACGCCUUCCUAGAUCAGCUCAUUCCUGACACUCCAUAUUCUGUGAAUGUUUUGGCUGUGUACGCUGACGGAGAAGGACAACCAAUCCAAGGAAAUGGAAGGACAUUGCCAAGGGCUGGGCCAAGGAACAUGCGUGUGUUUGAUGCCACCACUAACACCUUAAGCAUUGCCUGGGAUCACGCUGAGGGACCGGUCCAACAAUACAAAAUUGCUUAUGCUCCUACUACAGGAGACCCCAUCACCGAGUUUACUAUUGUUCCUGGGAACAGAAACAAUGCCAUCCUACAAAACCUGAUUCCAGACACUCCCUACAACAUCACUGUAGAGGCCAUUUAUCCAGAAGGGCCAGGAGGUUCACUGAACGGAAAUGGACGGACACUUGGCCUCCUGAAGCCUCAAGGCUUGCGUGUCUCGGAUGAGUGGUACACACGCUUCCGUGUGUCCUGGGAUGCACCUCUAUCUCCAGUGUUGGGCUACAAGCUUGUCUAUCAGCCAACAGAUAAAGAUGAAUCCUUGGAGGUAUUUGUCGGUGAUGUUACCUCUUACACUCUGCACAACUUGAAUCCUGGCACAACCUAUGAUGUCCAAGUUUACGCCCAGUAUUAUGGUGGCCUGAGUGAGGCCCUCACUGGACAAGGAACAACAUUGUACCUCAAUGUGACCAAUCUGGAGACAUACAAUGUUGGUUAUGACAAGUUCUGCGUAAAAUGGACACCCCACAGGGCUGCCACUUCUUACCGCAUCAAACUGAACCCUCUGGACCCCUCUGCUAAAGGACAGCAGGAGAUCACCAUCACUGCAGCAAGGAGUGAGUACUGCUUUGAGGGCCUGUCUCCAGAUUCCCUAUACAGUGCCACUGUAUUUGUUCAGACUCCCAACCUGGAAGGCCCUGGAGUCAGUACCAAAGAACGAACAUUGGUCAAGCCAACACCAGUGCCUACUUUGCCUCCCACUCCUCCUCCACCACCCACAAUCCCUCCUGGCUGGGCAGUCUGCAAAGGUGCCAAAGCAGAUGUGGUGUUCCUCAUCGAUGGCUCAUGGAGCAUUGGGGCUGAGAGCUUCAACAAGGUGGUGCAGUUUGUCUUCAGCAUGAUGGGAGCAUUUGAUGUAAUCAGCUCAACGGGAAUGCAGGUGUCUUUCGUGCAGUACAGUGAUGAUGCAAAGACCGAGUUCAAACUGAACGCUUACAAUGACAAAGGAACUGCUCUGGCAGCCCUGCAAACAAUUCAGUACAGGGGAGGAAACACCAAAACAGGCGUUGCCUUGAAACAUGUGUACGAGAGGGUCUUUGCUCCAGAUAAUGGAAUGAGGAGAAAUGUUCCCAAGAUUGUGGUUGCAGUCACUGAUGGUCGCUCACAGGAUGAAGUGAAGAAGAACGCAGCCAAGCUGCAACAAGCUGGUUAUAGUGUGUUUGUGAUCGGUGUUGCUGAUGUGGAUUUUGCUGAACUGCAGAAUAUUGGAAGCAAACCAAGCGAUCGUCACAUCUUUGUUGUGGAUGACUUUGAUGCCUUUUCCACAAUCAUGCACAACCUUGUGACAUUCAUUUGUGAAACCGCUUCAUCUUCUUGCCCACUGAUAUACGUGAAUGGAUUCACAUCCCCAGGCUUCAGAAUGCUUGAAGCCUUCAAUCUGACAGAGAAGAUGUAUGCAGCUACAAAAGGAGUUUCCAUGGAGCCAGGCUCCUUCAACAGCUACACUGCCUACAGGCUCCACAAGAACGCAUACCUGAAUCAGCCAUCAUCAGAUAUUCACCCUGAUGGACUGCCCUCAGCUUUCACCAUUAUCCUGAUGUUCCGGUUGCUUCCGGACUCACCAACGGAGGCUUUUGACAUCUGGCAAGUGGCUGACAAAAACGAUAAACCUGAGGUUGGCGUCACCAUUGACCCCUCCAGCCAAACAGUAUCAUUUUACAAUAAGGACACACGGGGAGAAAUCCAGAAGGCUACAUUUGACAAUGAUCAAGUGAAAAGAAUCUUCCAUGGAAGUUUCCACAAGCUCCACAUUAUUGUGUCAUCGACCAGUGUUAAACUGAAUAUCGACUGCCAAGAAGUUGCUGAGAAGCCAAUUAAGGAGGCCGGUAAUACGUCUGCGGACGGCUAUCAAGUGCUCGGAAGAAUGUCCAAGUCCAUUGGCUCGAAAGGAGAGUCUGCAACGUUCCAGCUCCAGAUGUUUGAUAUUGUCUGUAGCCUUGGCUGGACAAGUCGAGACAGAUGCUGUGACCUUCCAUCCCUGAGAGAUGAAGCCAAGUGCCCUCCUCUUCCUAAUGCUUGCACAUGCACCUCAGACAGCACAGGUCCUCCAGGGCAUCAAGGUCCAGUGGGCGCACCUGGUAGUAAAGGACCUCGGGGUGAGAGAGGAGAGCCAGGCCCCGUGGGUCCAAUGGGUCCACGUGGAGAGAUGGGCUUGCCUGGGCCGAUGGGUCUUCCUGGACCGCAAGGCCCUAGCGGACUAUCUAUUCCAGGAGAAGCGGGCCGUCCUGGACCAAAAGGAGACCCUGGCGAUGCUGGAUUACCUGGACAGAAAGGUCCACCUGGACCUCCUGGUUCCAUUGGGCCAAUUGGACCAGCUGGUGUAAGGGGACCCCAAGGAAAGGACGGACCCGCUGGACCCAGAGGCCCACCAGGUCCAAUGGGACCGCCUGGAUCUCCUGGAGCGCCAGGAGCAGGAGGGAAGCCAGGAAAACCUGGUGACGUAGGAGUCCCAGGAAAUCCUGGAAUGAAGGGAGAUAAGGGAGACAGAGGAGACAUUGCCUCUCAGGGCAUGAUGCGAUCCAUGGCCAGACAAGUCUGCGAGCAGCUAAUUAAUGAACAAAUGCGGCGAGUUAAUGAAAUGUUGAACAAGAUCCCUGAAGGGUACCGAUCCAACAGCCCUGGACCUGCUGGUCCUCCUGGACAACCCGGUAGACAGGGUCCACCUGGAGAGCCAGGGCGGAUAGGCAGGAAUGGGUUCCCAGGAAAUCCAGGACUACCAGGGCCACAGGGAGAGAGAGGCCUCCCUGGAGAGAAGGGUGAACGAGGAAGCCCUGGGAUUGGACAGAGAGGACAAAGGGGACCCUCAGGUCCACCUGGCCCACAAGGUGAGUCCAGAACCGGCCCACCCGGCCCUCAAGGCUCUCCUGGGCCUCGUGGCCCACCUGGCCGUAACGGUGUCGCCGGAGUCCGGGGUCCACCUGGCCCACCUGGCUAUUGUGACUCCUCCCAGUGCGUGGGUAUUCCAUACAACGGACAGGGAUAUCGAGGCCGGUAUCCACCAGAGCCUGAUGUUGUCCAAAUACCUGAGGAAGAAGACUAUGAUGUCUCACUAAAUGAACGCCGAAAGAGGUCACUAUCAAGAAUGGAUUCAAAAAGGAUAGCACCAGAAAAAUAA